CGGCUCACGAGCGAAGUAAGAGGAGAGUAAAAAGGAGCAAUGGGAACACAAUGCUCGAAUCGAGGCAAUGAUGAGAUCGAUGCGACCCAUCGCAGUGCGUGCCGCGCCGAUCCAGCACGGAUUGGCUCAGAGCCUCUGGCACCGCCUCCUGCCGGGAUCCCGGGCAAUCUGAAUGUCUGCUACACGUGUCACCAACCAGGGCACAUAGACCAGGAUUGCCCUCACUGGCUCUCCCAACAACGAGUCCGAGCCGCACCAGUAUCUGCAGCACCAACAGCUAACGGGCCGGGACGGGAAGGAGCAUUGAUGGAAGAAGUAGAGGGAAGCGGAACCACGUUAGCAUCAAUGGAGGAGGCUGCAGACUCUGAGCUUAUUCCCUUGGAUCAGUAUGUAACACUGGGAUACCCGGGGCUUGGAAUGAUUGGUACGAUUAGACCCACGCCUGAACAACGAGAGAUGGCGGAGUGGCGACCUUCUCCAGGAGAGAAGGAGUCGGGAGGACCCACCUUCGUCACGGGGGAAAUCGAUGUUCUAAACAUCCGAGCCAUGAACGUCACGUUUCAGAACUUCGUCAACAAGACACGGUUAACGCAGGGAAUGAUUAACUUCUGCAUCAUAGUGUACAUGGACGACAUCCUGGUCUAUUCAGAGACCUAUCACGACCAUGUGCAGCAUAUCGAGUGGACAUUGGGUGCUCUUAGAGACGCCGGAUUCAAGAUUGCGCUCGAAAAGAGCGAAUUUUUCCUUUCGGAAAUUUCGUUCUUGGGCUACGUCGUGACACGUGGAGGACUGCAGCCUGACUCGAGAAAGGUCGCGGCGGUGAAGGAAGCUUCUGUUCCCACGUCACUGACGCAGGCUCGAGCCUUCUUGGGGUUAGCCUCGUACUAUUGUCGUUUCAUCAAGGGCUUCGCCGCGAAUGCACGACCCUUAACAAACUUGUUACGGAAGGACUUGCCCCUCAUGCGACUCACGUGGACCAGGGACGAAGAGCAUCGCGCUUGGUUAGAGUACUUGGAGUUGUUGAUCAUCCAGGCUUGGAGGACGGACGUGGAGGGCGAUCUUCUCGGAUUCCUGUUCGGAUCGGUGCGGCCCGGCCAUCGCCAGCUAAUCGUGCAGGUCCUGAAGUUCACAGUUCCUCUCGCGCAGUUGGUUGACGAUCUCCCCCUUGAGAUCAUCUCGCAGAGCGACGAGAACCCGGUCCCGCGUGUCCUCACACGAACGCUGACGCCGUACCUUCAGUGGCCAGCGUGCCUGGAGGAGCCGGGAAGUGGUCGCAACCCGCCAUCGCAGCGGGGAUAUCUAGACCCAUGGGAGAUAAUCGACCUCACUUUCUUCGAGGAUCGAACGGCCUCUGAAGACGAGGAGUUAACAAUCGAAGAAAAAAAAGAAGAAGCUGCUGAGGAGGACGACGAGGAAGAAACAUCGGAAGAGGGAAGUUAUAGUGAACACAGCGAAGGAGAACAGAGUGAGGAGGAAGAAGAGGAAGAGCUAGAGCUAGAAGAAUCUGAGUGGGAGAUCUCGGCGGAGGAGGCAAGACAAACGGACGCUCAGGCAGAGGACCCCGAGGCGGCGCGCAAGAGAGAGGAGAUCGCGGCCGGAAAGCGACAACUGGAAUUCGCCAGCGGAGCAAAUCUGCAGAUCGCCGAUGAUCCGGCCCGAGAUCCGGAGCCGCCCAAGCCAGAAGAUGGGGACCCAGCGGCCGAGACUUCGAGCGCAUCGACAAGGCGGCGACGAAGUCGGUCCCCCUCCCCCUCCACCUCCGACCGUCCACCAGUUCGAGCCCGUACUGAUGCGGGCCAUCGGGCUUCGUCUCCGGUCGUUAUCCCGCCGUCCCCUUGACCAUCUCACCCUCCGCCAAAUUACCACCC